AUGGGGUUCAGCCCCCCGGCUUCGUCCCCUGGGAAUGACCCUCAGGGGGCACCCGCGUCAUCUUCAAGUAUGUUCAUUCAGUCCCCACCCGUUUUUGAACCGGAAGUCGUUGCAGGGGCUGUAGCGGCUCCCAUUGCAGGCUUCCAGGGCAUGCAGCAAGCCCCUCCACAGGCCUCCCCUCGGUCCGAGUCGCAGCAGGACAUGCAGGAGGAGAUGCAGACGGGACCGGAGAAGGGUAAGGAGGCGCCGACGCAGGUCGCAUCCCCAGCAUCCGCAAUGAGUGCCUUUAAUGAGGCCUGUGCGGCAACCGCGUCCCUUGAAAACGCGCUGGACAGUCUCGUCAACCAGCUGGGCAACUCUUCGUUAACGUAUGACAACGGCCUUCGCGUGAUGGCAAACUUGAAAUCCGCAGACAUUGCGUUGCGUCUCGAAGCAACGCAAGCGUACCGCAGGUCCCUCAGCAGCAGGCAAGAUGGCGCAGUCGUGAACCCGGCGGGUGCCACCCCCAUAGGUGCGCUCCCCAGCGGGACAGACGUGCGGAGCGGGCCGUUGCUGGAUAUCUGCAUUGAUGAGUUUAUAGAUAUGUGCUUAGUGCCACAUGUCGUUGAUUCGUUGCGCAUGCCGCAUCCCCACCUGCAGCUCGAGUCCAUCCUUUUACUUCAGCGUCUUUGCCGUGGCACUUUUGCCCAGACUUUGCGGGUGAUAUCGUCCAGCCUCCUGGAUGCUGUUGUUGAUAUUCUCAAGAAAUUAACUCUCGACUCUCCGGGUGGUAUGGAGCUGCGUGUCGCCAUUUUUUCUUUCUUGACGAAGCUCGCGUUGGACUUUAAACACGAAAAGGACUUGUCUCUCGUGCGCCGGCCCCUCCUGUUACCCGCGGUUCUCCGCUGUGCCAAUUUACACCCCGGUGUCGAAGCUGUUAGAUGCGUAGAGGCUCUUGUGCAUCCCCGUUCGUGCAGCGCAGACAUGAAGGUAGCGGUGCUCCAGUUCCUUGUUCGCGUUAUGUCGGAGUCCACAGAUCCCACAAGUCUCUCUUUGGCCUGUAAUGCAUGUGUGACGCUUUGCGAUAGCCCGGAAGGGGUGUCAGCUGUUUUAGAGGCUAUGGCGAUGCCGCAUAUUAUGAAGCUGCUGUGUCAUUCUGAUGAGACUGUCGUGUUCGACGCACUGUCAAUUGCUGCGCGUAUUGCGUUCAUCGGAACGACUCAGCAGAUCGACCAAGUUAUCGGCAUGGGGACAGUUAGCACUAUGGUCAAAGUGCUGACAGAUCCGGCAGUCGCCAGCCCCAUGGCUAGGGCCAGGGCAUGCAACACCAUCGGCAACUUGGGUUGCGAGACCCCGGCUCAGGUCCAGGCGAUCAUCGACACACAAGCCUUUCCGCUGCUGCUAGAGAUCUUUCAAGUGGAUCCCGACUACAAUACCCGCAUUGAGGCCGCGUAUGCAGUGUGUGCAUGCUUGUCGAGAGCGAGCCCGCAACAAGUGGGGGUUAUUGUCUGCUGCACUACGCGAGUACCGUCUUUCAUGGAGCGUGGCAGGGGGUCUUCGCAUGUCUAUUUCGCCCAGGAGCUCGAUGAACCAUGUGUUUUAUCUUUGACUGGAUCCAACCCUUGCCUUCACUUGAUCGCUGACAUGUUGGAACUCGUUUCACAAAGUGACCCUUCGAACAGUGGCAGCUUAAAGCUCUGCAAAGCUAUUCUUAGAGGCUUGGAGAAUAUUCUGGAGGUCGGCGUCCAAGAAGGGAAGUCGCUGGACCUUCCCGAGAACCCCUACGCCCGGCUGUUCCAAGCGGUUCAGGGAGACAUCAAGCUGGCUCGCAUGCGGUACUUUCCUGACUACAAUGUCGCCACAAAGGCACACAGCAUCUUGCAGUACUUCACGGCGCUUUCAUCGCGAGCCAUUAAAGCCUGA